AUGUUAUUUCCGAUAAACAAUUAUCUGAUAAUAUAAAUUUAAAAGCAAUGCAAACGAAAUAGAAAUCUCAUCAAAUAAUCUCCAUCUUAAUAUGUUUAUUAAUAAAUAAAAUCAUUCGACAAAUAUCUAAUUUUUUCAAUGCAACCCAUAAAUUAGUUGCUUAUCACAAUAGCUAAAAUUUUGGAAGAAAUUUUAAAGGAAACAGAUCAAUUGAGUUUGUAAGAGGUAUCCGUAUUCCACGCUUCGAGAGCCCCAUCUAUCUCAAUUCAAAGUUAUAUUCAGAGAAUUGCAAAAUAUACGAAUUGCAACAGUGCUUGCUUUGUUCUUGCUUUGAUAUAUCUAGAUAAAGUGUAGGAAAUGCGCUAAGAUGUAGUGCUUAAUUCAAAUUGCAUACAUAGGUAUGAACUUGUAAUAUUGUUUUCUAUAAUGGUGGCAAUAAAGUAUUAUGACGAUGAAUAUUAUAAGAAUGAAUACUAUGCAAAGGUGGGAGGCUUGUCAUUAAAGGAGAUAAAUAAAUUGGAGAUGGAAUUUUUAGAUAUGUUGAAUUACGAAUUAUAUAUAUAAAAUGAAGUAUUUGAAGUUUAUGAAGAGAGAUUGAAAUAAUAUGAAGUCAUAGAGAUCUGAUGAACUUUAGGAUUUAAUUGAUGAUUAUAUUGUUUAUGAUAAUUUAGUAAUAAAACACCAGAA